AGCGGGUUGCCGUGGCGACGGCGGCGUAUGGGGGAGGGGGGAGGGCGUGGAAGGGCUCCUGCCCCACGGCAGGGGAUGCUGUCCUUGGGGGAGCGCCCCGAGCUUGCCUCUCCCCUCGACUUCUCCUUCUGCUGCAUCAGCUCCAUCAAGGAGCUGCUGAGGGUGCAGCCCCGCGCUGGCCCCUUGCCCCCACAGCCCACCCAUGCUCUGCGCCUCAACAACAACAGCCUGGAGGCCUUGGGGGGGCUGCCCCCCACCCUGGAGCAGCUGCUGGUGACCCCUGCACAGCUCCGCUGGCUCGACCUCUCCUUCAACCGUCUGACUGCCAUCGACCCGGUCCUGACCACUUUCCGUGCCCUGCGGAGCCUCCAGCUGCACGGGAACAGCAUCAGCAGCCUGGCCGAAGUGGACAAGCUGGGUGUCCUGCCCCAGCUGCGUCGCCUCACCCUGCAUGGGAACCCCAUGGAGGAACAGAGGGGCUACAGGAGCUACGUGCUGUCCCUGCUGCCCCACCUCACCUCCUUGGACUUCAGCGGCGUGACCAAGCAGGACCGUGAGGAUGCUGCCAAUGCCAGGCUCCAGCAUGGCAAGAAGAAAUAGGGGGGGCCAGGACACUGAGCCCCCGCUUCAGAGUGAAGUAGGUGGUGGUGGGGGACAUGGGGAGGCAGGGUGGCACCCUGGGGAGAGGGACCUGAAAGUCCCUAGGUGCCACCAGCCCCCCAAGCCUGCCCUGACCCACCCACAAGUGGGAUGUUGCCCUGCUUGGGGGUGGGGAGAGAGGGGGAACAGGACCUGGGCAGUCCCGGGGGGUGUCUGGGGCUUGUCCCUAGGCCCACAGCCCCAUGUCACCCCCUGCCCAGGGGCGUCCUCUCAACCAGGGGACCCCGAUGGAAGACAAGGCUCAACAUCUGCCUUGAAACCUGCGGAGCGGCACCCAGAGACCCCCCACAGGCUCACCCAGGCCUUGGCUGCCUCCUGGGGUGACACUGGGGGUGGGGGUCCUGGGGGGGGGGGGGGGGGGGGGGGGGAGGGGGCAGCUGCCUCCUCUGGACCCCCCCAUCGCCACCCCCCUGUGACUCCCUGCCCCUCCUAAUCAAUGCAGGCCUCAGCUAGGGGGGUGGCAGUUGUGGCUGAAGGCAGAAGGUGGCUCGUGGGGUUGUUUUCUAUAAAAAUGGGCCAAAUCGGGACCAUGGGGUGGGUGCAGGGAUCAGCCCGACACAGCAACAGGAGUGCAGGUCCAGUGGGUCCCAGUAAGCAGCUGGGAGAGUAGAGUGGGGCUCCAUGGACUUUGUCCGG